AUGACGUCUUCUGCUUCCCAUCACCAACAUUCUUCGACUUCAGCCGCUGAAUUUUCCACUCACCAAACCGCUCCUUCCUCCAACAUCGACCCGAACGGUAACAUUGCCACGAGUGGAUAUGCGCCAAAUGAAAGCCAACUUGCUGGGCUGGUAGAAGCUGCUACUGCAGCGGCUGGCCAGGAUGUAUCGGAAUGGGCGGCCGCCGCUGCAGUCGCUGCUGCAGCUGGUGCUGCCGGACAUCAGCAUCAUUUAGACGGCUACCCCCCGGAUAUUCAUAUCGAAGACGAUAGUUUUGCAGAUGCAGGUUUUGGGACAGGGUUGAGCACUGGAAGACAGUUACGAGCACCCGGGCCAUCUCCCAACGAGCAUAGCCAGCCUUCGGGACUGUCAAGAACUGUGUCAAAGAAGAGAAAGAGAGAUGGCCCUCUAGACCCAGCCUUAACAGCGUCUGGACCUGGUGGUCACCAGCAGCCCCAUCAGCACAAUUCUCAUCAUUAUGGUGGUGAGACGCUAGAUAUCCGGUCUGCACCUCCCCAGUCCUUAUCGGAGGCGCGCGCUGUUGGUUUACAUUCCGCAGCUGCUUUGUUCCGUCAACCCUCGAGCAACAAGAAGUACACACGACCACCUAUGUCGAAGCUUUUUGCUUCACUCGAACUAUCACCGGAGAACUUCCUCCACUUACAAGCCGCUGCUAAGUCAUAUAUGCUAGAUGACAAGCAUCCAGAACGACGUGAGUGUGUCGGUCAACGUGGCAAGGGAGACACGGAAAUGGUUAAACUGAGACUUUGGAAUUGUGUGCGCCACUUUCUCGAAAUUGAGGGGCAUGGUGAACGUUUUUUCGGUGAAAAUGUAGUCAACGAGGGCAUGGGUCCCAGGACCUAUGUAUGGCCCCGGGACCAGCAAAAAAUUAUUGCACUUGUCAUUCCACUGCUACGGCGUAUGGUCACCAAUGAACGACAGAGACAAUAUGCAGUGGAGACGAGGAAGGGGGGUGGAUCUGAGGAGCGACGACGACGGAAAACCGAAGACAGUCUCCAGAAUAUGAAUAGUGCUAGUCCUCCGAAGUUCCCCGUUGAGGAACAACUCCAGAUGCAUGCGCAACAUCAUCCUCCCGAGGGGUAUGCGCCAACACACCCCGAGUUGGGGGCAACUUCCCAAGACAUGGAGUUGGGCCUGACAGAUCUCCUUCCUGACGGCUAUCCAGCUGACUGGAAUGCUAUCUCUAAAACAUACGAAGCCUACAAUCAAAACUACGAGCUCGAUAACCUGUGGUAUCUCUCGGGCCUACAACAGCCGGAUUGGCGUGGGUUAGUAGCUGCUGUUGACAGCCAUUACCAGGUCUUUCACAACGGUAGUUUUGACUGCCCAGCACCAUGUGAGGAUGAGAAUAUCAACCAUAUCUUACACGCAAACUCUGUGUCGGGUUUACGGUGGAGAGUUGGUGGGGAUCGCCAUCAAGUUGCCAGGAAUGAGUUGUAUGUUGCCACACUCCCUUGCCCACUUUCCUUGAUAUAUAUUUCCCUCACCUGA